ACUCAAUUAAAUAUUUAAUAUGAAAUUUAUUCAUGGAGUUGGCUCAACAGCUGGCUUGCAAUUUCAGGCGGGUUUAUUGAUGAUGCGGUAGAACGAAAUGAGUCGUUCAAUAAUAUCAGAGGGGGCUUAUUAUUUCUAAGUUGCGGUAUCGGGUGAUGAACUCCCGUUGUUCCAUCAAUUUUCAACAAUUUCGUGGAUUUAGUGUAGCGAUUAUAUCAAGUAAUUUCCUGAAUUUAGCUUCCCCUUGAAACUACAAUGACAAUAUUGGGUUACGGACAGGGAUUGUUAGAUAAUAUUAACAACGAUUAUAGUAUGAAUUUUAAUCUUUCAUUUAUCGCACGCAGAAGGUAUAUCCUUCUCCUGUGAUGUCUCCAGAUCAACUCGCCCCUAACGACCAACGUUUUCACGCUCUGGGUCUUUCUGACAAAAGGCCCUUGUUUAUUCAUUCCUUUCUGUUUCUGUUUAUGCAACUAUUCUAAAUAUAUCCAUACUCUUCUGAGAAAAACUAUAAAAUUCUGACAUGGACUAAAAACAGCCAUCGACAUACAAUUAAUUUUUGUCCACACAUACCAAGCACUCUCCAUAUACAAUUGAAAAAAAAAUUACUCCGAGCUUGAUAUUUCUCUUUUCCCCUCAAUCCUCCAAAAUCGCGUGAAAUCCCACCGUUAAUUAAACAUGCACUGAAUCCACUAACAGCCCACAGUAAUUCAAUAUUACCGAACUCUGGCGUAACUCCGCAAUUACUAUUCUCCGUCUACCCAUAACUCCAACCGUUGCUGUGAGCCAAACAGUUGAAACCCCCGAGUCUCGUGCAAAUCAUUUGCCCCAACUACUCCCCACAAAUAGCAAAAAAAAAGCGAACUAAAAAAAAAAUACAGCAAUAAAUUUAUAUUCACAUUUUUAUAUCGUAUGCACUUGAGAAUGAGAACAGACGAAGUCCUUCGAAUAUCUCCGAGGUAAAUUCAAAUGGUAAAACAGGUAUAAAGAGGAAGGACAGAGAAUAAAGGCAUUAACGAGGGAGCGAACUCUCAACCGGGGACUUCAGAGUGUGUACAAGGGAGGGAUUGAAAUUGUCGAAGUGGGGAGAGAAGGUGAGCACUGGAGAUAAAGAGGGAAAGGUUUCCCCUCCACCCUAUUCCUUCGCGAUUACUGUACACCUCAGUGCGCCCAAUCCACACAGCGGCUGUGUUUCCGCUGUUCCGCGUUCCUUUUGAAUCUCCCCAUAUACUAUAUUCCAUUCCCAGCAUCAUCCACUUCCUACUCCCCCUCUCCCACUCCUCCCUCAUCAUCCCAAGCAACCGCCCUCUCUUUCUUUGAGUCCAUUGCAACGUACAAGGUACACAUUGUGCUCUGAUGCAAAUACGUAUGAACGAAGGCGACAUCGUAACUCUCUCCUUCAUUCAAUGCCCCUAGCUUUGAGUUUCUCCUGAAAUUGUUGGACAAACGGUAUUCUCCAACUGUACAACGUCUACUGACAAUUAUGCUUCAAAGAUUUGUCUCCCUAAAUUGACGUGAAUCUCGUGCCUCCCACUCGCUGUCGCUAUCUACCAAUUUGCAAGGUAUUAUCCUCUUCGUUUUUUGUCACUCUUUCUCUCCCCCUACCAAUGCAGCCAUAUCGUGAUUAUCCCUCUGAUUUGCCACGUCAUUGGUCUAUCCCACUUUCUCUAUCCUCAAUCAUUGACUCUGAAAAUCCCGGCGCCCUCAUGCAAUUGAUAAAUGGGAAAGGGAAUGCCAAAUGUAUAUCCAAGUUAAAUCAAAAGUAUUUUCAAACCAAAGCCCUAAAUCCAUAAUCCCAACACUGAUAUCUACUUGAGCCUUGUGACCAUCAAAACGUUACUAAUUUGAUUCUCGCGUGUGUACGACCACCUUCUCUCUAAUGUUGUCAGGUUCGUUGGAAAUUUACGCCAACACACCAGGAGAUAUCCCAAGCUAUAGCGCUUCCUCCAUGUCCAAAAGCCAUGUAUACCGUUUCACCUACCUUCUUUGGCUCACCUAUCCUUGGCAACAACAUUUCUCAAGCGCUUGCACAUAUAACCCCAACUGUAUGUAUCAUGAGAUAAGAUCGAUAUUACUGUGUAUGCACAGGGUACAUAUUUAUUGACAAUAUCUUGGAGGUAUAAACGUGCCAUCUACGUUCUUCGCUCGAUUAAAGUGAUUUGGGUAAAAAGAGAGAAGUAGGUAGGGAUGAGGGAGGGGGAGGAGGAUGGAGAGAAAAAAAGUAAGAGCGAUAAGGCUAAAGCCAAGAGACGCGGAAUAUCUCAAGACGAUCUCUCACACAGGGCCGUGGACGACAGACGAAUCGAUCUUUUUAUCGCACCCAUACAAAGUUCCUCUUGUUCUCUCUCACUCGUUUUAUAUCCCUACUACCCCUCGCACCACUUCUAACUUCAGGUGCAUCUCACCCUCACCCCUUGCCUGCUUCUUUUUCUCUUUCUCUCUGGUUUUUUUUUCCCCCUGUUCACGUCUCCUCCUUUAACACACAUCACAACGGUCUACAUCCAACCGACUCGUUCGAUAGCGAGGGUAAUCGAUUUCCGAUUUUUGGAGUGGCGGCAAUUUUUCAACACCGCGUGAAAAAUAACUCCGGAAUAAGCGGGAAUAAGGGGCCGUUAUUCAGGCACAAGUCUAACUCAGACUGCCUUCAAUCUAACGCCAUCUUUGCCCCUUUAUUCCCUCCCCCCCCCCCCCCACACCGGGUUUUUUCGUCAUGUUUUUCUGUACUUCCACCUCUCACUUUCUUCGGUAUUAUUUUAGCCAUUUUUUUUUCGGUUGCACGCCGCGCAUCUUUGUUCAGUACUUCGCCUUCCUUCCCUCCGAGUGCAAUUUCUUAUGUUUUCCACCCCACCCCUACCUUUCACGUGAAAACGGAGAGAACCACCGCAGUGCCACGGUACUGUUAUACCUUCAUCCUUAUUUUUUUUUUGUCCACUUCCUCUUUUUCCGGGAGGAUAACGCGUUUGGCAAGAGAAACUUAGCGAGUGGUAGGAAAGGAAUUCAAAGAGUAAAAAGAUGUAGUGGGUUAUAGUAUAUAUGGGGUGAGCCGUUAUCUAUUUAAUAGAUUACGUUCAAACUUUAUUUUUUGGAGCGUGUUAACUGCCUUCGAACGCCUCUUUUCGUCCACCAUUUUUAACGAUAAAAAAAAAAGUGGAUAAUGGCACGGAUCGGAAAAGCAUCCCAGAGAGGAUAGUUGAGAGUGAAAAAGUAGGGCUGAAGUAGAUGGUGGGCAAUCGUUUGCCAGGUACCCAGAGAAUGAGAAACUGAAAAGAGGAGCCUAUGAGAACGACUCCAUUGGGGCAUUUUAUCAAAGAGUUCAAAUGCUCGUGAAUCUUUUUCACAAACUUCUUCUCAAACAAUGGCCCGGGGAGAUAAUCAAUAAAGUAGAGAUAAAUUGAAGAAUAGUCAAGUACAACUUGUCAAAUUUUACAACGAGUUACCGUGGAUUUAUUAUAACAAUUCACUGUAUUUAAAUAAUGUAAUCUAGAUUGGCAUAAAUAUUUAUCAUGUUAUGGUGCUCCCAGUUUCCAUUCCAUUCUCCAGAAUUACUUUUACUAUUCACUCCAAUGCAGAUAGAAAUAGAGAGGAAAAAACAGAAUGAGAAAAAAAAAAACUAUUCAGUCUGUUCGUGAUGGCAUUUCACAAGAUGGAAUGUGUGUGCCGAUGGAGAGAAAAAUGGAAAAACUGUCACAGAAAAAUGAAAAGUACAGUACAAAAGCGCAUAAAUGUUAGUCCGCAGUGAAACUGGGCCAAAUCGGUAGAGAAAUUCGUGGGCAAUAACGUCGACUGAUCUCCUCCCUCUCUCUCUCCUCGCACCCUAGUUUGCUUUUCAGCCCUCUUGGCUAGUAUAUAACCUAGCUAUAUGUCCCAGCGGCACUUGCGCUACGGGAAACACCGAAAAGCCCCACCCCUCGUUUUACCUCCACGGGUUCUGGAACUUAAUAGUUACACAGGCGAUUUAUUUGCGCUGAAGCGUCCUUAAGAGCCCUGGAUUUACGCCGCUUACGAUAAUUGUACCAUGUUCGUACAACCCCAGCCAUUUUCAUUCCAGUCAAAUCUCGAGAAAAUUUAUUAACUCUGAUAAUCGUAUUAGCGCUGUUCUUUUAUCAUGAUCAAUCUUCUCAAAUUUCGUUUCGAUGAAAGAGCUGAGCGUUACGUGAUACUUUGGUAGUCGAAGCACAUGUGGAUCCAAAUCCACCACCCCUCCCAUGAUUUUCCUCCGAUGAGCAACAAAAAGCGAGGAUACGGAAAAUCAAUGAAGCAGCAACAUUCGUUAGUCUCCAGUUGUUGGUUUUUUUUUUUUCGUGUCACAGCUUUUUUGGUGACUAUUUCUGUCUGUUCAAUGUUCCUUUUUUUGUCUCCGCUUUCCGGGAUGAGAUCCUUUCCUAUGGAAUUGUCAUGCACCAAAAGAGAAAUAAAUACAGUGACGGGUGACAAACAAUACCAGUAAACGAAGGAGAAAAUGGCUACCAGAUAAAGCAGAAAACAAUGCAAUCAGCACAACACCAUCGAAGUGCUAGCACAUUUCCAUACCCAACACUUUCCAAGUAAUCAUUCCUCCUUUCUUCUAAGAGUUGUCUUUCAAUUAGCGAAAUGUGUAUCGAUGUUCAUGAAUGAUAUUUAACAUUAUAUUCUGAAAGACGUGUUGAUUUCACCCUGAAUACAAGUGUCGGUUUGGUAACUAAAUGACAAGAUGAGAUGAGUGUGACGUUAGGGGUGUUCACUGAUAAUCAUGGCAUUUGGAAGUGUUGGACGAGGGAGAUAUCGGACAAUUGUUAGUUGGACAAACGGAAGAAAACGGAUACGUCUGUACGAUACUGGCCUCAAUGCCAUCGAUGUAUUAUUUCAUCCCCUUGAUGGAUAUUUCAGACAUCCCUGAAUCAUGUCUGUCUGUCUGGCCCACAACUUCCGACCACCAACACCCUCCCUCCUCCUCUUCCUCACCCCCUUAAGCUCUUCACUCUGUACAACCAUUCAUUCUCACAUCACGUCAGAUCACAUUCUCGUAUUUCCGCAGUUGCCAGAUGAAAGAAAAAUAGCUGAAGGGGGAAUGAGGAGAGUCUGAUUUUGUCAAUCGUAUAUACACAAGAUAAAUGUUACGUCGGAGCGGCUGGACAGAUUGGAACGAGUGGGUCUGUAAGUUUAUCACGAGGUUACCAUGCUACGGGUCUGCUGACUCUGAGAAAAAGUGGAGAUAGACCCGAAGUUGGGCCACUUAGCAGGCUCACCCCGUUUCACCUCUUGCCAACUACUUCUUCUUCACAAUGUUUUUCUUCUUUUCGUCUCCACCGAUCUUUCUUCAGUACCUCGUCUAUUCUAGUUUACCCACGCUCCUCUCGAUAUUCUUUUUUCUUAUUUUUUUUUAUCCACGGUGAUUCUCUCUUUCUUUCAACUGACGUAAAAUUCCAACCAAAAACCUUCAAACGUCUUUACUUCUCGUCUGUAUAUAACAAAAUCCACCGGGCUCUUCGUUCUCGUCACUGGCUUCGGCUCCUCAAUAUAUUUCAGAUGAAAGUAUCAUCCUCCUUCUCCGUCUUUUCGAAGAAAACCCGAGCUUGUCGGAUGAAAACCUGGGCUUGAGUUAAAAAACGAAGGGGUGAUAUCCCCACGAUCCACUUUUCGUACCCCAAGGGAUUUUGAGAACGCUUUUCCGCAUGGACGAUCGCGGCCAAACCCACCCCUUGCUGUGCUAGCGAGUAUGAAUAAAUAUUAGAAUUUUGCAGGGAUAAGCUCCGUUUUACGAUGAGAUACUUGUUCCCCGUCUGGCAAAUCGAUCGAUGUGCUCGUGUCAAGUCACAAGCCUAUUUCCAAGUCCUCCCUCAUUUCAACUACCCUCCUAUCUUCCUCUUUUCAUUCACCCCAAGCUAGUCGAUUUUAGUCAUAUUGAUGAGGGUAUAUGUUAUCUCAAUGUACCGAAGAAAUUUUCAUAUUAUUUUCAAUCUACCAUCGAACACCAAUCCCUCCCUCCCUCAUACAUCAACAAAUCCCGGCUGGAGCUUGUGGUUGAUAUGGAUUUCACCUGAAAUUCAUUUUUACCCUCCCUUACAUACAUUCGACUGGAUUACACUGUAAUUUGAAAUUUAUAUCCUUGCAAUGGAUGGCUCAGUGGUAUGAGAGGGGAUAGGAGGAGGGGUAAAAUACCGUUGACAUGUAUAUAAGAGGGUGACAAAGGGGUGGUAGGCGGAGUGGAACGACACGAGCAACUAACUUGGGAUGCUCUGGUUGUAUGAGAAAGGGGUGACCGUUGUAGAAGCAACGGAACCCCCUUGGGGUUUAAAACCACGUAGCCUCGGCAACCUUCCGUACAACCCUAGCAACAGAGUUCCAGAUGUGAGCAACGAGAAUACAUAAUUACAAUGUCUCCAACGUUCUCUUACUCGUGAGUUCUUGGUGUAGAGGUUGGCCAAAUCGCGCAGACAACUCUAGUAUAAUCUAGACAAUGCGACUCUUGGGACCAGGAUGUACCAGGGGGGUGUGGUACGGUGAGGGAGUUCGGUGAUAUAGGUGGAAAGACCAGAAUGCUUGAGGAGUGGAAUAGGGGUUGGGAGGGAGUGAGUACAUGGUGGUCGGUUGGGGUGUAGUGAUACCUUGGUUGUAGGCGGAGAUUGUACGGUGGCGAUAUGCAUUUCGUCGUUUCACUGUUAUUGAUAACCUCGGGCUCUACAUUUUCUUGUUGUCCCUCCAUCUUCAUCUCCACUGUGCCACUUGUAAUAGAACGUAUACAGAAGCAAUGCCUUCCGGGGUUCAUCAACGAUCGUGGACUGGUAAUAGAGCCAACUGCACACUUGCAUUCCAUCAACAAAUGCUCCCCAACUGUUUACUGAAAAAAUGUCUUCCGGGUGGCACACACUCUGUGUGACAGAGGAGGGGGAGAAAAAAUGUUACUGUUACUUCUAUUGUUUAUUAUCGUUCUGCUCAUUUGUCGAUGUGUUUUUUCAAGUGAAGCCUCUUGGCCAUCAAGCACUAGUGAAAUCCACUUGAGCCCUCACUCAGUGGGGCCACUGGCAGUGUUUUCGUUUUCUCAACAAGUUGAAAAAGUUGGUGGUGAAAGAUAAUAACGACGUUUUUCGCAUCAUUGAUCAUGAGUUUUGAGUUUGUGGCGUUGUAUCGAAUAAUCUUGAAGUCACCUCACUGUGUUUCUGGUGCUGAGAUCAGUACGACGGCAGCCAGUAAGGCGACCAAGCGCGGCCGUGGCAGCUCUCAUGGGUACCAACCAACAGUACAGAAACCGGUUUCAAGUGAGUUAAGUCUCGUCUCCAGAAUAUCUCCAUCCUCCUUCAUACUUGUUCCUCGUCUUAUUCUCAAUUUCACCAUUGGCCACCAGUCUCUUUCUCUGUCUGUUGAACGACCUCCUGCAUCCGCCCGUGUGAUUCAGUCUCUGUUCGUUGCAGGCAAACCACCAAAUGUACAUCUUCGUUCUACCUUUCUCCUCAAGACUCGUCCCCUGUUAUAUACGUUGUGCAAUCGAACCGAGUCAGCUCUCGAACGCCAUCCAAGCGUCGAGGUUACUGCGGGCCAUCGCCUAAACCACAGUAAAGCCCACUCUUUUCCCUUUCCUCUCGUCUCAUUCCACAUCUACACAGUUGUUACUUCUCCUGCUUCACUCUUACCUCCUCAAACCAUUCUAUAUACACCGAUAGUCUCAAACCACUCAGAGACACUUACUCUUCGUCUCUUUGCGCAGUCCUGGGUGAGGAUCUCCAGUGGGUAUAAGGAAUCUUACCCACCUCUGUCUUCUCUUCUGCCACCCCUCCAGGCAACUCACAGUCGGCUUUUCUCAAUACCAGUUUUCUUCAUCUUUGUCUCUGAGGCCCACCGAUCACAUCAAGUACAAUGUUAACACAGCCAGAUGCACUCUUUCCCCAUUCUUACAAGUGAUAAAUUUUCGAAAUUAUUCAUUGAGACAUUGGAAUACAUCAGAAUGCGGCAGUGGUGGAGAAAAAAAAUGGCAAUUUCAUGGAGAAUUUCACGAACAGCAGUUUUUACUGCCACUGUGGAUGAAAAUAAUCAUGAAUUUUCACAUUUUAUUGAGAGUUCAAUGGCAUUCUACAUUUAUGCAACAUCAGGACAACAACCGUUCCACAAACUGAUUGAAUAUGUAAUUAAUUGAUUAUCAAUUCACAUAUACAAUUAUUAACCCUGUGUAAUAUCCCCGGAUUCGUCUUGAUUUUUGCAUCAAAACUAUAGGAGACCCUCCACAUGACAACACGAAAAUUGUUCUCCAUUUCUCGUCAUGUGGAACUAUCGUAUUUCGCCAGACAGCCUCCUCACUCCAAUCCCUGACACAUUGUCAAGUUUCCCACUAUAUCUAUCCACACACAUACACCCAUACAUUGUUAACCAAAUUUGGCAAAGCCCCGGUGCUUUUCCGUGGUUGAAAGAGCCUAAAUCACUUUCCGGAAUAUGUCAGGGGAUUCGCAAGAUUAGGAAAUGUGGCUUUCUCUGUGCAUAUUCACUGUGCAAUACGCAGUCAUUAAAAUACAUGGAUUUAAGAUACUCACUGUCGCAAAUAUGAUACAACAGUAUAUGAUAUUGAAGGACAUUGUUUAGGGAUCUGUGCGUCAAAGUGAGCGAGAGAAAAAACGAAUUCCAAGAGAAAGAGAGGGGGAGAGAGAGAUACAAGAGAGAAAAAAAAAAUCAAGACGAACGAAAUAAAAGAAAAAUAAAAAUAACCCACUCAAAGGGACCGACAAAUAACUCUACCCGCCUUCACACACAUACACACACACACAUGUAUAUAUAUACAACACGUGAUUGUGCAUUGGGGUGUAUAUUUUGUCGAUCGAGCGCGAGAAUGAGAGUGUGGAGUCACGUAAGUCCAUGGAGCCACUUUUAGCUGUAUAGCGUUCGUCACGCGGGAACGGAAACCGCUCUCAUUUCUGCAGCCGCGGUCCUUGGCCGAGAGAUUUAUGCUUUAAUAAUUAUUGCAAAAGAUGAGAGGGUGAGUGGUGAGAAGAAAGAGGGGGGGCAACACUUCUCGCGUGUGCCUACGAGUCACACGCGGAGUUUAAACGCGAUAUUCGAGUGCCCUUGCCGCCUUGCUGAAUGUUACAUGCAUUUUACCUGCGAGGGCAAUGCUGCACACUAUUAUACGACGAAAUGAGGAA